AGUAGCACUCAAACUAAUUCAAGCCCAACGACUGUGCUGCGGUUCUGCAAGGCACCGUACUCUUGUUUGGGACGCGCUUAACACGGAUUAUCUAGCAAAGGUCCCACGCAAAUCCUGUUGACUGACAGUUUUUUUUAUGAUGAGAGUUUUUACCUAAACGCACCAGGGAUUUGUCUUUGCUGUAUUUAUUUGGGUAAGGGACAUCGUUUCAUUUGAAAGCAGGACUUCAAUGCCAAACUAAGCAACGAUGAGCAAAAACGGAAUGGUGACCAAAAUCCACACAAGGAUAAGAAAUGAGCCGUUUACAGCCAAUUACGAGCUCGUGGGCAAAGAACUGGGCAGGGGAAAGUUUGCUGUGGUGAAGAAGUGCAUUGAGAAGGCGACUGGGAAGCAGUAUGCUGCCAAGUUCCUGAGAAAGCGACGGAAGGGCGAGGACUGCCGCAUGGACAUCUUGAACGAGAUAGCUGUUCUGGAGUCUGCCAAAGCAAACCCCUUUGUGGUGGCACUGCAUGAUGUCUAUGAGACGAACACCGAAAUCAUCCUUGUCCUGGAGUGUGCUGCAGGCGGUGAGAUCUUCAACCAGUGUGUCGCUGAUAACGAUGAGGCCUUCACAGAGAAAGAUGUGAUUCGGCUGGCUAAACAGAUCCUGACUGGGGUGGCCUUCUUGCAUCGGAACAACGUGGUUCAUCUAGAUCUAAAACCGCAGAACAUCUUGCUGACCAGCGCUAGGCCCCUGGGGGACAUUCGUAUUGUGGAUUUUGGUUUGUCCAGGCGAAUGGACAAGAUCACAGAAGUCAGGGAGAUACUGGGUACCCCUGAGUAUGUGGCACCAGAGGUCCUGAACUAUGAACCCAUUAGCACUGCUACAGACAUGUGGAGUAUUGGUGUCCUGACCUAUGUCAUGUUGACGGGCGAGUCUCCCUUUCUGGGUGAUGACAAGCAGGAGACGUUCCUCAACAUCUCCCAAGUCAACGUAGACUAUUCAGAGGACACGUUUGAGGGGAUCUCUUGCCUGGCCGUUGACUUUAUCAAGUCUUUGUUGGUUAAAAACCCCAGGAAGAGGGCCACGGCAGAAGAAUGCCUCAAUCACCCCUGGUUGAACUCCUCCUCCCACCAUCACCUCCACGCCAUGUCGGCCUCCUCUUUGGAUGAACCAGAGAUGAGCCAGUCGGAGUCUGAGCCCGAGAGUCCAGCUAUGUCCCCUGAGUUGGACUUGAUUGGGUCAUACCUCAUGUGCCCAGUGCAGGGUGAGCUGAAGACGGGCCGUGAUACCUUCUCCUUCACUGAGCCACCAUUCCCCACCCUACCUGAAAUACAGCAGGAGCUGAUCUGCUGACGGAUGUUUCCGAGGUGGACGUACUGAAUUAAAACUCUGCAGAGCAGACACUGAAAGCCAGUGAACCUGUAGCUUCUUGGCCAUCGUCUGAACGAGGACCAUGCUUUAUGGAGGCUGUAUGCUGAGCUGCUUCUGCCGCUGUGAAGGCCCUGAGCUGAGCUGUGUGCUGUUUGAUACCUCUGUAUGUGUGCAUUUGAAUAAUAAUUGUUACUUCAUACUCAUUCGAUUGACUGCACGGGACCGGAGGCAUAUGAGAAGGACAGCGAUGCAAGAGAAAAGUAGUGGGAGAAGACACACAAGGACUUUGUUGUAGCAAAGCACUGCUGCCUUAAAAGUGACAGAACUGAAAUGAACUGGACUCAGCUGAACACUGUGGUUAAUUCACCCCUGUGCACACACUGGUGUCUUGUUACCCAAUAAGCCUUUUGGAUUGGAUCUCAGUUAUGCUUCAGCUCACCCAGACAUACCUUCUGGGAUGAGUUUUGAUGAAGCAAGUAAAUGGUUAAGACAGAUGGGUUCACUUAACCGAAGACAAGAAACAAAUGCAGAAGCCAGACAUUGACUGUUUAUUUAUGUUUGGGUUAUACCAAGUCAGCCCCUUAAAUAUUCAAAGCCACAUCAAUAUCUGAGUUAUAUACAUUCUUGGUUUUAAGGACAAUCUUGAGCACUUUUUAUAUUGUUGUUGAACUUCAUGUAGGCUUAUCCAGCAAAGUCACGUGGUGUAAAGUGACAUAUUGACCAUUCUCCAUCACCCAGUGUUUUUGUCUCAUGACAUUUUUUUUUUCUAUACAAGCCACUUUUCAACCCCACUUCUGUCUUAAUAUUACAGUUUAAAGAUUUACUCCACUGUUUUGUUUUGUUGCCUAUUGCACAAGUUGCACAAGUAUUUUUUUUUUAAUUUUUUUGUACUUAACUGCAAGGUUGCCACUAGACUUCAUGCUCUUCAAAUAUUGUAAAAACAGGGAUGAAAGACAGAGGGAACCACUGGGGUUGAAAGCAACAACUUGGUUUUGGUUGUGCAAUUUGCAAAAUAUGGAUUACAGUGACAUGGUCAACUGAAGGCCCUGAUGUGUAUAAAGAUGUGAUGUCUACCUGCAGGUGCUUGGGAGCACAGAAAUGAGAUUUUCUCAGAAAAAAAAAAAGUACCGAAAUGUAUAUUGUGGGUUAGUAUUAAGAUUAAUCUGCAAAGAUAACUGAUGUUUGUGUGGUGUCAUUAUUUUUUUUUUUACUGAUGUAUGAAUAAUAUCAUUAUAUAAUGUCUUAUUUUGUAUGGUAACUUUUAUCUUUUCUUAUUCCUGUUGUUUUCUGCUCUUGAAUGUCAGGAAGGUUUGCACUUGUCCAUGAGGACUUUAUUUUGAAAUUUAAUAAAUGUUGAACUGACGGCAUGCAUUGCAAAAUGUAACAAAGAAAAAUACAUCUGAGUUUUGUAGCAA